AUUCUACUGCUUUUUCGUUCAUAAGAAUUAAAAACAUACUACAACACCCUUAAGUUUGCAUACAGUUCUCAGUGUCUGAACUUUUCAGUCCUUAGUUUAGUGGGGAUAAAUGAUGUUACGACUUCAUAUAUGGAGGCAUAAUGGGUCCUUGGGAGUGGCUAGAACUCGCACGCCUAUACACAACAGUUAUAGCAGAUCUCGUUCUCUAUUCAAACGUUUUGCAUCCUCGGUUUCAGAAGAAGAAGAGUCAUUGGACUAUUCUACAAGAAAAGGGACCAUUAGUGCAAGUCCCGAGAAGUAUUAUCCACCCAUUUACAGUGCAAGGAACUCAAUCAGUGGUGGAUUAGGUGAAUUGAUAAGAAUAGAAGAUUUCCGGGUGAAGUUUGACAGCCAUGACUUCAGUCAGUACCCCCAAAAGAGGCAUCCCGAUACCUUUAUUGUCGAAGGAAAGAUAAAGUCUAUCAGAAAGUCUGGAAAAGCGAUGUAUUUUAUUGACUUAAUACAGGACGAUAAGAAGCUUCAGGUGAUGGCAAGUAACAAACUCAUGAAUAUGAGCAAGGACGAAUUCGAUGAAAUCCACCAGUUCUUUAAGAAAGGAGAUUUUAUAAUUUGUACCGGGGCAGCAUCUACUACCAAUGUGGGAGAACUUACCAUUAAGUUGAACAAACCAGUGAGUUUACUCUCCCCAAGAUUAACCAUGGUCCCUAAUCGAUUGGUGGAUAGGGGACUUAUCAAUUCGAACAGAGUCUUGAACUAUUUAGCAAACGAGGAGUCGCGUAACCCAAUCUUGAUAAAAUCAUGGAUAACACAGUCAAUCAGAGCAUAUCUAUUGGAAAAUAACUUUUUGGAAGUUCAAACUCCCUUAUUGGCAGGGGCAGGUACAGGUGCGAAUGCUCAACCUUUUAUCACUAGAGCCAAAGCAAUCUCAUCAGUCGCCGAAAACGAGUUACAGUUGCGUGUUGCUCCUGAGUUAUGGCUCAAAAGAUUGGUUGUUUCUGGUUUCGAUAAAAUUUUUGAGAUAGGGACGAACUUCAGGAAUGAAGGGGUUGACGCUACUCAUAAUCCAGAGUUCACUACAUGUGAAUUUUACAAAUCCUAUACUGGAUUGUUAGAAUUGAUGAAAAUGACAGAGGAGUUAUUUAGAUACAUCCACCAUGAUUUGUCGAAGAAAGAUGCUCUGAACUUAAAACACACAUUGCCCAAACUUAACUUUCCUCAGGAGUUCCCCAAAUACGAAUUUGUCCCAACAUUGGAAGCAAAAACAGGUCAGAAGCUUCCUACCGAACUCACUUCUUCCAACUUAGUUGAAUAUUACACGAGAAUAGGCUUAGCGGUUCCAGAAAAUUUGUCGCCGCAUAGCUUAUUGGAUAAUUUGUCAGGAGUUUACUUGGAGGCAAUAUCUAACGAAACCCCAAAUACCCCUAUAAUUAUUUACAAUCAACCUGCUGUACUUUCGCCACUUGCAAAGUCUGCUAAGAUUUCCUAUGGAGUAGGGAUGGAAAGCAAAGAGUAUGAAAUUUCAUUGAGAUUCGAAUUAUUUAUCAAUGGAAAAGAGUAUGUCAAUUCAUACGAAGAGGAAAAUUCUCCUUAUGAACAGCUCGCCAAAUUUAAACUUCAACAGCAUGCAAAAUCAGAAUUCAAUGAUGCGGACCUGUUGAUUCCUGAUUGGGAAUUUAUAAAGGCGAUCGAAUUGGGUCUACCACCUACGGGGGGUUGGGGUUGUGGAAUAGAUAGAAUUGCUAUGCUAUUCAGUGGAGUGGAAAGAAUUGACUCGGUGCUUCCUUUUGGAAACGUCAGAGACGUCAAAAAACAGUAAUAGAGUUGUACAUGUAAAUAGAAAUCAUACCAAACAUAUCAUGUAAUUUUUCGUUAACGUGAUUGAAAUAGUGAGACAAGAUUAUAGUUUUACCAAUUUUCUGCAAUUUCAUAUCAAAAAUUCUG